CUGCAAUGGCCUUAUUCCUCCUCCUCGUCCUCCUCCUCUUCCCCCUCGCAUUUUCCUCCAACCCCUUAAUCUACCAUUACUGCGGCAACAAUUCAUCCACUACCUCCCCCAACCCCCUGCAAUCCAACAUAAACUUCGUCCUCUCCGACCUCAUAACCAGAACUCCUCCUUCCGGCUUCGCCAUCUCCUCCCACGGCGACGGAACCACCACCUUAUAUGGCCUCACCCGGUGCCGCGGCGACGUCCCUGCCGACGUCUGCUCAACCUGCAUCACCGAAGCAGCCAAGCAACUCCCCUCCCUCUGCCCCAACUCCACCGACGCCCGCAUAUGGUACGACUACUGCUUCCUCCGCUACGACGCCAAAAACUUUAUCGGCAAGGUGGACACGAGCAAUGGCUUAAUCUUAUACAAUGUGGAGAACGCAAAGGAUCCCGUAAGGUUUGAGGGGGCGGUGAAGGAGCUAAUGGGCGGGGUGGAGGAAGCGGCUGUAGGGAGCGAUGAGAGGUAUGGUUGGGGGACGAGGGGGUUUACGAAGAAGGUGAGCAUCAGGGGGAUGGAGCAGUGUACGAGGGAUUUAUCGGCGGGGAGUUGCAGGGAGUGUUUGGAUUCAGCGCUGGGUUUGUUUCCGGAUUAUUGCGGUUAUCAUCAAGGCUGUCAGGUGCUGUAUAGCAGCUGUGUGGUGAGGUAUGAGAUAUAUGACUUUCGGUAUAAGGGAGAUGGGAGUGGAGAUGGGAAGGGUGGAUUGGAGCAGAGGAUGAUUGCUGUGUGAUUCUUAUGGGGGAAUUGGGGCAUGCAGUAUUUGAAGAUGGUGAUGAUUGUUUAAGCUGGGAAUAAGAUUUUUAUGAUGGAUGACGAUCGGUGAGUGUGUUUUCUUGUAAGACUUCUUAGUUUGUUUUUAUGUCAGAAUUUAUGGCUAAUAAAUUGUAUUUGCGGCAGGAGAUUUAUUUGCUUGGAAGGGUAGUCAGUUUUAUUAUUAUGAUGCAGACGAUCUUGUAUCAGUAGUUGGAGAU